GGUCACAGAAAAAUAAAAAUGUCGAUGAGAGUUUUGGUCGGAGUAAAAAGAGUAAUAGAUUACGCAGUGAAGGUUAGGGUGAAACCUGACAAAAUGGGCGUAGUCACUGAUGGUGUUAAACAUUCUAUGAAUCCAUUUGAUGAGAUUGCUGUAGAGGAAGCUAUACGACUAAAAGAGAAGAAGAUAGUUAAAGAAGUUGUUGCUGUGUCAUGUGGACCAACACAGAGUCAAGAGACCAUUCGUACAGCAUUAGCUAUGGGUUGUGACAGAGGCAUCCAUGUAGAAAUCACUGGAAAAGAAUAUGAAAACCUACAGCCUUUCCAUGUAUCUAAAAUCUUGGCUAAAAUUGCUAAAGAAGAAGAUGUGGAUAUGGUCAUCCUUGGAAAACAGGCUAUUGAUGGGGACAACAACCAAACUGGUCAAAUGACAGCAGCAGUGUUAGACUGGCCACAGGCAACAUUUGCUUCUGAGGUGAAAAAGAAUAAUGGCGACCUAACAGUAACAAGAGAGGUUGAUGGGGGCCUUGAAACCAUAAACGUUAAACUUCCAGCUGUUAUUACCACUGACCUACGACUUAAUGAGCCUAGAUAUGCAACUUUACCCAACAUCAUGAAAGCUAAAAAGAAACCUAUAGCCAAGAAGACUGUAGCCGAUUAUGAUGUAGACAUUAGCCCAAGACAGGAAGUGCUUAGUGUGGAAGACCCACCAGUAAGAGAGGCUGGUUCAAAGAUUAUAGGUAAUACAGUAUAGCAGAACUAAUAAUAAUGCUAGAUUGAUGAAAGAAUCUUCAAGGACUGAUUAAAACAUACUGAAUUUUUAAAUGGACAGAAAUUAAUAUGAAAUAGCUUAUUAACAUAAUAUAAUAUGUUGCUCAUUUUUCUAUCUCAUAUUUUUGGAUAAAAUCGGCCAUCUUUCUUAAAUGGCUUCAUCUCUUCAUUCUUUAAUUGUUUAAUAUUCCUGUGAAAUCAGAGUGUGUACAUAGCAUUGAUGUAGAUACUACUAAGCAGCAUUAUGAAGUGAAUCACAUUUUAUAGAUAUGUUAUUUGAAGAGAACUUUGAUAGGGGGAUGAUACUUUAAAUUAAUUGUUAUCUUUCUUUGUUUUUCUUGACAUAAAAAUUGCCAUUCUCAUUCAUCCUUGAUGUGUUCUCUUCAAAAAAUAUAGACAUUAUUUUGUAGA